AUGAAGAUGAGAGUGCUGAUGGUGGUGAGCGUGUUGAGCCUAGCGAGUUUAGCGAACUGUGACAGUGUGAGCGCGAGUAACACCACGCCCGGCCCCAAGGACAAGGGGUUCAUCGAGUGGAUCUCGAACCUGCUGGGCGGCGGCGCGUCCACAACGCUGCGCCCCAUCAACGACCCCCCUGAUAACUGCCCCGUUUGCCAGUGUGGCAUUCCGCGGACGCGGCGGCGCAUCGUCGGGGGCUAUGAGACCAAGACCCUGGAGUUUCCUUGGAUGGCUGUCCUCAUGUACAACGGCCGCUUCUACUGCGGGGGCUCGCUCCUCAAUGAUCUCUACGUUCUAACUGCUGCACACUGCACUGCUGGUUUCCGGAAGGAGCGGAUCACUGUGCGGUUUCUGGAGCACGACCGGUUGAACAGCAACGAGACCAAGACCAUCGACCGCAAGGUGUCCGCCAUCAUACGUCACCUGCGCUACAACCCCGGCACCUACGACAACGACAUAGCGCUGCUCAAACUCGACCAGCGGGUGGAUCUCAGUAGCGCUCUGAAGCGGGUUCGGCGUGAGGGCGAGAGCGCAGGGUCGGGAGAGAGCUCGAGUGAGGAGAGUAAUGACGACAACGGUCUGCGGCCAGUGUGCAUGCCUACUGCGGGGCUCUCGUACAACAACCACAGCGGGGUGGUGACCGGCUGGGGCACCACCGAGGAAGGCGGCUCUGUCUCUAGCACACUGCAAGAGGUAUACGUGCCGAUAAUAUCGAACACGGAGUGCCGUCAGACAGCGUACAAGCAGCGCAUCACGGACAACAUGCUGUGCGCGGGCGAGCCGGAGGGGGGGCGCGACGCCUGUCCUUGUGUCUCCGGGGGACCGUUGCACGUGCUCAACCAAACUACCCAUCAGUUUCAGGAAGUCGGUGUGGUGUCGUGGGGCGAGGGGUGCGCGCGCCCGGACCGGCCCGGGGUGUACACGCGCGUCAACCGGUACAUGACCUGGAUCAAGAGCAACACGCGCGACGCAUGCUACUGCCAU